UUGACAGUUGACUGGAGAACCCAAUGAAAAUGACUUUCACAACAAAAUACAAAAAUCGAUUAGAAUUAAGGACAAAAUAAACAUUUUUACAUGAUAACGUUAAAGUUAUAAACUAUAAAAUGGUGUCGCGAAGUUUAACCGAGGUGUUCGUGUUGAUGCGCAACAAUGCCAUUCACAGCCGACAAACGUUCUCUGAACAGGGCUCAGAGUGUGAGCGGGUGCGUCUGAUGGGGUCGGGCAGCCUGGAGGUGGAGGGCGCGGGGCUGCGCGACGGUCACGCGCCUCCGCCAUGGAGCGACUCUCUGGAGGAGGCGCAUUAUAUCAUCACCAGGCUAAGGACCAAGCUGUCGGAGCUGCAGGCGCGCCACGAGCAGCAGAUCCGGCGGCCGGCGCUGGACGACAGCGGCGAGCAGCAGCACAUCGAGCGGCUGGCGGCGGACGUGGGCCGACACUUCGCGCAGGCGCACGCGCGCCUCACCGCUAUCAAGGCGCAAGUCCGGCACGGUAACAAAUCAGAACAGAAACUGGCCACAAACGUAGUUCUAGCAUUAGUCACAAUCCUCCAGGAUCUGAGUGUCACUUUCCGGACGGCGCAAUCCAACUACCUCAAAUCCCUCACCUCCAGAGAGGAGAGAUCGAACGCAUACUUCGAGUUGCCCAACUUUGAGGAGCUCAGCCUGCAAGACGAGCUGCCGCCCGGCCUGACGAGUAACCAGACGGAUCUACUCUUUUCACUACCGAGCACUUCGACACACAACGACUACGAUGAUGAACAUUUGGAGGGUAGUUUUCAAAAGCAACACUCGAACCAGAAGCAGUUGCUCCUCAUGCAAGAGGAGAACACGAAAAUGGUGGCGGAGAGAGAGGAGGAGGUGAAUAAAAUUGUGAAAUCUAUCGUCGAUUUGAACGACAUAUUCAAAGAUUUGGGUCACAUGGUGAACGAGCAAGGGACGGUGCUGGACAGGAUAGACUACAACAUCGAGCAGACCCAGGUGCAAGUGCACGAGGGGUACAAGCAGCUGCAGAAGGCGGACCGGUACCAGAGACAGAACAGGAAGAUGCACUGCAUCAUGGUGCUGGCGGUCACUAUUGUGUUGAUGUUCAUACUGUUGAUUAUUGUGAAGAGCUAAACCGUGCUGACAAUUUGUUAAUAUUGUGUGAUAGGUGAAACAGGCAUUAUAUUGCAGAAAUGCUGAACAAUGAAUAACUAUUAUUAUUGUUAAUAACCAGAGUAUGUUCAGGAGACAAUAUUCAACUACAAAAUUAAUUAACCACUGUAAUAAAGACAUGACAGGUCUAGUUGUUUUUCCGCUAUGAUAUUUUCAUUAGAUGCUAGUGUUUACAGAACGGCCUAGGCAUCCGAUUAGCUGGCUAAUUAAACUAAAUGACUGAGCCAUAUUAAAACAAUUAUAAAAAACUUGUUUUUGAAAGCUUAAAUUAAACUUAAUAUGAUUAUUUUUAUAAUACAAACUUAUAAGCAAGUACGUACUUCAUCUUAAUUGCUUAACUAAAUAAAAAUAAUGUAACUUCGCCGUUCGUUAAACACUCUUUUAUAACAACAGUUGUGCAUAUUAUUGUUAUCCUAACGCUUUCACUUGUUGCGCGUCCAUACUCUGAUGCUAGUCUGUUGUUGUGCUAAAAAUAUUUAAUUAAUUGUAAUUAUUGUAGGUGUUAUGAGUAAGAUAACAUAAUGACCAACAUUGGUGACUUAUUCCAUUUAGUUAGAUAGAUAUUUAAUAAAUUAUUAUAAAUUAAAAGAAAGUCAUAAUCACUAGCUUAACUGUUGGUCCACUGCUAGGCUUACUGUUGGUCUCUGAAGGCAUGUAGGGCUUAAACCUACCACACUGCAAGUUCAGAGAUGUAAACAAAGGUUAUUCUGAUCACCAGUCAUGAGCUGUGAUAGCCCAGUGGGUACCUCUGCCUCAGAUUCCAGAGGAGGUGGGUUUAUAUCCAGUCCAGUUCAUGCACCUCCAACUUUUCAGUUGUGUGCACUUUAUCUAAAUAAAAUGAAUUUAAAUAUCAUGUGUAUCAAACAGUGAAGGAAAAACAUCUGCCAAGCCGCAUUGAGCCAGCGUGGUGGACUAUUGCCUAACCUCUCUCAUUCUGAGAGGAGACUCGAGCUCAGCGUUGAGCCGAAUAUGGGUUGAUAUUGAUGAUGAAUGCAUUUGGCAAAAUGGAAAUUUCUUUCCUACCUGUACCCCAAGACUUAUUACUGGUCAACGAGUCUUGGAUUGUAGGGUAUAUUAUUGCCUUAAAUGCAUUGUACACUCCAGUUUGUUUCAUUGAUACAGUGUGGUUGGUUGGUGCUCUGCAUCCUUCUGGAGCCUAUCCUGUCUCCUAUAUAAUAUGUAUAGGUGAUAUGAUUAGACAAUAUAGGAUCUACAGGCAUUAUGACUGGAUAUAUGAGACAAGCCUAACAGUAACCAAAGAGGCAUUUGUAGGUAGAAUACUGUAAAGACAACAAGUGUAUGAGUAUAUGUGGUAAUGUGUGUGUGCCAAUGUAAAGUGUGUGUUUAAAAUAAAACAAUAUAUAAACUGAAAUUUAUAUAUUUUGUACUAGUAGGUAGUAACCAAACAAAAAUAGGGUUGAUCUGAUGAUAAAUUGUAUAAAACCAACCAACAGAAAAUCAUUUUCAGGAUACAUAGACAGAUGAGUUUGCGAAGUCACUCCUGGUGAAAAUCUAUAAAUUGUCCUGUUAUCUGUACCUAUUUCUGAAGUAAUAUUUAAAAAAUCCAUAUAUUUAAGUCAGUAUGGAGUAAAAAAUCUGAUUUAUUUAUUUGUUAAGAAACUUAGCUGAUUUUGUUUUGUGUUUAAAAGAUUGUUAUGUUUGUACACACAUUCCAAAAAUUAAUUUUAAUUACAAUACCUAUAUUAUAUUGUAAAAUUGUUACUAAUUCCAGAGCAGGGCAUAAAUGUGUGAACAAAUCAGGUAAUUUGUGAAUAUAGCUAGAACCACAUUUGCAUAUCUAUUCAUGUUUUAAUUUUGUAUGACCUUUAUGUUACAAGCGUGUUCUUCCUUCAAGUUGUAAUAUGUUGAUUUAUCAAAUAAAACUGAAAAUAUAGUAAAAUAAGCAUACA